GACGGGUCGUUAAACGCCGCCUCCUGUGUCAAUUCCUCCCAUAGAUUAUCACGCGCAUAUAUUCAAGUUCUCCUAGUCACUUUUUUAGAGUGCGUUUUGCAAGGUUUUCAUGUUUAUCGACAAACGUCGACUUGUAAAUUUGUUCUGGUGUUAAUGACCUUGCAACUGAGCCAUCUUAAACAGAAACAAGAAUAGGAAAGGAAGAAGAGCUAGAAAGACGAAGAAAAAAAAAAAGGCAAAGAACAGGUGCGGGAUGCUGACGCGGAUUCAGAGACAAGUGCACAGGAACCCGACACUUGGAGUGCUGAUGACGCUGGCUCUGUGGUGGUCGGUGACGUGUCUGGUGGCGUACUCACUCAAGAGCAGCAGACACAGUGACGUAGAUGACGUACACCCCUUGGGGCUACCUGAAGAAAAGGAGAUCUCUUCCCAGCAAAGCGAGAAUUUUAGGAGACAGAGGUUCUUAAGGAGAAAUAGACACGUCAACGAAGACCAUAGGAGCUCCCUUAAACGUCAUUCUGCUUCUCAAAACCUCGAGAUGAUGAUGAACACCACAGAACUUAAUUAUUCUCUUAAAGAGUUGUUCCUAGAACAUGAAAAGCUCACAGGAGGUUUACGGCCAACUAAACCAAGGAAGCGACACCAAUUUUUCAACAAACUACAUAUGGUUGAAGAAAACAUUGACUUGGACAACAUUUCUCAGAGCGCUGAGAAUUUUGAGGGUAGUAAUAGACAUCUCCUAAGUAUUAGAUCGGAAAAAAACUCUGAUUUUAAAGGGAUAUCAUCUAGCAAUUACGAUUUUAAGAAAUAUGACGGUAGUGGUAGACGUCUUCUUAGCACUAGACCAAAAACAGAGUCAGAAAUUUACGGCGAACCAGCUGGUAAUCAUGGUUUUAUGUCAAGAAACGAAUUAAUAAAAAAUGACGAGACAUCCUUUUUUGUACAUACAAAUCCAGAUUCAGUCACUUGGAGGACUCUGAUGAGUAAUGUAUGUAAGGAUACCCCGGAGCCCCAGAGUUACCAUGGCAACAUCUCUAGUCUGGUUAAAUACAUCGAGACGAUUAUCAAAAUUCUCGUCUACUUCAGCAGGUCGUCCUUCAAGGUCAUCUUCAUCACUGAAAGUCAAGGCAGCUACGACCUGGUCCUCCGCCACCUCAAUAACUGGCCGCCCGAGUAA